AUGGAGGAGGGUGGCUGGUCGGAAAUUGACCUGCCCGGCUUCAGAUUUCAUCCCACUGAGGAGGAACUACUAGACUUCUAUCUGAAGGGAGCCGUUCAGGGCAACAAGCUCAGCAACAGCGUCAUCGCAUUCCACAACAUCUACCGCCACGACCCUCGAGAGCUUCCCGGUAAGUCAUUCCGAAAUCCCUCCGCCGCCUGAGGGCUGAAGCCAACUCCAACACCGUCCGCGCUUCUCGUGAUUCAUAUCACUAAGGGGAGGGCUUAUUUAUUGAUGAAAUGAAGGGCUGGCGAGGACUGGGGAGAGGGAGUGGUACUUCUUCGUCCCGAGGGACAAGCUGAGCUCCAACGGUGGGAAGCCGAAGCGGACGACGGAGCGAGGUUUCUGGAAGGCAACCGGCUCCGACCGCCCCAUCCGCAGCGUUUCCGAUCCCAGUCGGCUCAUCGGCCUGAAGAAGACGCUGGUUUUCUACGAGGGACGGGCGCCACGGGGAAUCAAGACCGACUGGAUCAUGAACGAGUACCGUCUCCCCGACACCAUCAGCUCGCCGCAUCUACCAAAGGUGUGUAUCCGUCCAUCACCUUCGACAUUUUUCGGCGUUGAUGGAAUAUCCGGGGCAACCUUAAUUAAUGGAAAGUGAGGAUAAUUUGUAACGAGAACUUGAGGACGCAGUGAAUAAUGUUGUUAUCGCAGGGGGACAUCGUGCUGUGCAAAAUCUACCGCAAGGCCAAGUCGAUGAAAGAGCUGGAGAAGCGGGUGGCCCCGGAGGGUAAAAGCAGGCCGGCACCGUGCGUCACAUCGGGGGCAGAGACCUCCUACUCCGCCUCCGCGACGUCGUCCUCCGACCGGGACAUUUCUGUGCAGGCGCCGCCAGUGCUUCCAUUGCUAGAGCCGGAAGGGAGCAAGAAGGAGACGAAGGUGGAGAUGGAGGCGGAGGUCAACUCCAUUCCUCGGGUCUCGGACCCUACUGGGGGAGCUAUCAGAUUCCCUGCCGAUCUCGGGAUGCUGCAGGUGCCUCCAAGGUCGAACUUCGACUGGAUGGCGGAUGCCUAUUUAAUGCGCACUCCGUGGCUCGACGACAUUUCCCCCUGCUACGCGAAUAUCUUCAACUUUUAA